AUAAGUUGAACGCAAGCUGUGUGUGUGUAGGUGUGUGUGUGCGUGUGUGUGAAAGCGAGCUGCGAUUUAUUGCACUUUGUUUGAAAAAAGGACUUCAUUACAAUGUGUGGGAUUUUCGCCUACCUGAACUACAGAGUUCCUCGGACGAGGAAAGAGAUCUUUACGACCCUUGUGAAAGGACUGCAGAGGCUGGAGUAUAGAGGUUAUGACUCUGCAGGUGUUGCGGUGGAUGGUACUGGGAAACAUGACAAAGAAAGCAUCUGCCUGUUUAAGAAGAAGGGAAAAGUAAAGGCGCUGGACGAGGAACUGUACAAGAAUGACACACUUGAUUUGGAAAUGGAAAUGGAUACGCACUUUGGCAUCGCUCACACUCGCUGGGCAACACACGGAGAACCCAGCGCUGUCAACAGCCACCCUCACCGCUCUGACAAGAACAACGAGUUUGUGGUGAUCCACAAUGGUAUUAUCACUAACUACAAGGAACUGAAGAAGUAUCUGAUCUCCAAAGGCUACGAAUUCGAGUCAGAGACAGACACUGAAGUUAUCCCGAAGCUGAUUAAGUAUCUUUAUGACAACCGUGAGAGCGAAUAUAUAUCCUUCUCCACCCUGGUAGAGCGUGUCAUCCAACAGCUGGAGGGGGCUUUUGCUCUCGUUUUCAAGAGUAUUCACUUCCCAGGAGAGGCCGUCGUCACCAGGAGAGGAAGCCCUUUGCUCAUUGGUGUCCGAAGCCAGUACGAGCUCUCCACCGAGGAGAUCCCCAUUCAGUACAACGGAGAAUCAAAAGAUGUUACGAGUAAGAACUAUAUCAACGGGGACAGCAGCAAUGCCCUGCACUCUGUCCAUGACAGGAUGGCUGUGGAGUUUUACUUCGCCUCCGAUGCCAGUGCGAUCAUUGAGCACACCAAUAAGGUGAUCUACCUGGAGGAUGAUGACAUCGCGGCCGUGGCGGAAGGGAAGCUGUCUCUGCACCGCGUGAGCCGCAGUGCUGGAGAGGACCCUGUCCGAGUCAUCCAGACCCUGCAGAUGGAGCUACAGCAGAUUAUGAAAGGCAACUUCAAAGCCUUCAUGCAGAAGGAAAUCUUCGAGCAGCCCGAGUCUGUCUUCAACACCAUGCGAGGACGGAUCAGCUUUGACGAAAACAGAGUGGUGCUUGGUGGUUUAAAGGAUCAUCUGAAGGAGAUCAAGAGAUGCCGCCGCCUCAUUAUAAUUGGCUGCGGCACCAGCUUUCACGCAGGAAUUGCAACACGGCAGAUCCUAGAGGAGCUUACAGAGCUGCCCGUCAUGGUGGAGCUUGCCAGCGACUUCCUGGAUCGCACCACUCCGGUCUACAGAGACGACGUUUGCUUUUUCAUCAGCCAGUCAGGUGAGACAGCUGACACUCUGAUGGCUCUGCGCUACUGUAAGAACAAUGGGGCUCUCACCGUGGGUGUCACCAACACAGUAGGCAGCUCCAUUUCCAGAGAGACGGACUGUGGAGUCCAUAUCAACGCUGGGCCUGAGAUUGGCGUAGCCAGCACCAAGGCCUACACUAGCCAGUUUGUGUCUCUGGUCAUGUUUGGUCUGAUGAUGAGUGAGGACAGGCUCUCGCUGCAGAAAAGGAGAAACGAGAUCAUCAGUGGCCUUCGGCGACUGCCAGAGAUGAUCAAAGAGGUUUUGGCUCUCGAUGAUCAGAUCAAGAGCAUAGCUGAUGAGCUGUACCAGCAGAGGUCUCUGUUAGUCAUGGGUCGUGGAUACAACUAUGCCACUUGCCUCGAGGGGGCGCUGAAAAUUAAGGAGAUCACGUACAUGCACUCAGAAGGCAUUCUGGCUGGAGAGCUGAAGCACGGCCCCUUGGCGCUGGUUGACUACCACAUGCCUGUUAUUAUGGUGAUCAUGAAAGACUCCUGCUACACCAAGUGUCACAACGCCCUGCAGCAAGUUACAGCCAGACAGGGUCGUCCCAUCAUCCUGUGCUGCAAAGAUGACCUGGAGAGUAGUAAGAUGGCAUACAGGACCAUCGAGCUUCCCCAGACAGUCGACUGCCUGCAGGGGGUCCUGUGCGUCAUCCCCAUGCAGCUCAUGUCCUUCCAUCUGGCUGUACUCAGAGGAUAUGAUGUGGACUGCCCAAGGAACCUGGCCAAAUCUGUAACAGUGGAGUAACCCGUGAUCGGAAAACCGUAUAUCCUAGUAGCAAUGAAAUGGAGAACAUCUCCCAUCCUAGUGCAAUUACAAGUGUGUGUGUUUACCUGUAAGACUGUGCGUAUGUGUAAAUUUUAUGCAUAAUUUAUGAAUUAUGACCAAAACCCACUGAACCAAUGUGAAGGUGAUUUGUUUUUAUGUGCAUUCGAUCACCUUUAUUUCCAUAAGUGCCUAAAGUGAAGGGAACCCGAAACUGUGCCUUAAAACCUCUGUGCUCUGGAGAAUGUGCUCCGCUUUCCAGAGAACCACAGCCAGGUAGAAUGUUUACUUCUUUCAUACCAAUGUGCAAUACUUAUAAGCUAACAGGACCCUAAAGACCCUCACAGGGUCGUGUUGGUGAAAGAGAGAUGAAUGACACAUGAAAUGGUUUUUGCUCAGAUUGAAGUGAAAGUUUAACUGAUGACCACAGCACAGGAAAACACUGUAAAGCCACCUGCCCAACAGUUUUCUCAUGAUACAUUUUUAUUAGUAUUUGUUCAAGUGAAUAAAGCAUUUUUCUUUUUUUUUCACAUUUUUAAAGAACAUGUCAUUCCUUACAUACUGGAUAAUAUAGGGUCAGAUUCAUGGCAUACACUUUUCAGUGACAGAUUCUGAAGAACACACCCCGUUGUGUUAUGACGUGUACAUUAAAAAUUUUUUACUUUGAAAUAUUUACAUGAUUUAAGUGAUUUCAUCUAUUUAUGUUGUGUAGAAAUAGAUAACUUAUUUUAUACUUUCUGGGGCUGAGCUUGAUUAUCAGCUUUCAUUGUCCCUGGUUGGUCUUAUGUAAUUCUUUCUAUAUUCUACUUCUUUUUAUGUUUAUAUUCAUAAAUGAAAAAUCAGUUUUAUUAUACUUUUUUUUAAAUAUGGGAUUAUGGAUGAAUGUUUUGCAUAUAAAGAUCAAUUAUUUGAAAGUAUUUGUUAUUUCUAACUGUGAUCACUUGUAAUGAGACAAAUGAAUAAAUCAUAUAUGAUUGGA